AUGAAUGCCAAAUCGCUACGAAGGAAGAUCGGUGUCGUCUCACAGGAGCCGGUACUUUUCUCCGGAACUAUAGCUGAGAACAUAUCCUACGGAAAGCCUAACGCGACAAGGACGGAAAUCAUCGCCGCAGCACGCAGAGCGAAUUGUCAAUUUAUAAGCGAUUUUCCUGACGGUCUUGAUACCCAUGUCGGCGCACGCGGGGCCCAACUUUCUGGAGGUCAAAAGCAACGGAUUGCCAUCGCUCGCGCUCUCAUCAAGAAUCCUGACAUCCUUAUCCUAGAUGAAGCCACAUCCGCUUUGGAUGCCGAAUCUGAGACCCUAGUCAACAGCGCCCUCGCUGCGCUUCUUCAGGGAAAUCUCACAACCAUCAGUAUCGCUCACCGCCUCUCAACCAUCAAGCGCUCUGAUACCAUUGUCGUGCUCAGCUCAGACGGCCGCGUUGCCGAGCAAGGCACUUACAAAGAACUAAGCUCGCGGCCGGACGGCGCUUUCACGAAACUUAUGGAAUGGCAAAUGAGCGGUGGAGAGGGUGGUGUUGGGCCGUUGCCGCAUUACGAUAGCUCUGCAGGACGGGGCCCGCCGUCUGAGACGGAGGAGCUGCAACAAAUGCUACAGGAAGGGGACGAGGAUUAUGCAGAGGAUGACGAUGCGGAAACGGAGUCCGAGAGAGAGGUAGUUGAUGAGCAAAAGGUGGAGAAAAAAGAUGAGGAAGCUUCUUCUGAACCGGAUGGUGUUGUGGUUGGCGUGGAAGAAGCGGAGCAUCGACGAUCAAAAUAA